AUGUUUAAUUUCAGAUUCCUAUUUAAUACAGCAAAUAUACAUAAAAUCAAGCAUUCGGUACAAUGUAUUCGUUCUAGACACAGGCAACCCAUUGAAACUUCCACUAAGUUAAAAGGUCAAGACCUCUUAACCCUACAAAACUAUACACCCGAAGAAAUCAAAUAUUUGCUUUGGGUAGCAUCAGAUUUGAAAAACAGAAUCAAAUACAAAAAAGAGUAUUUACCUUUAUUACAAGGCAAAUCUUUAGCCAUGAUUUUUGAGAAAAGAAGCACAAGAACUAGAUUAUCUACAGAAACAGGAUUUGAACUUCUUGGAGGACAUCCAUGUUUCCUUACAUUACAAGAUAUACAUCUGGGUAUCAAUGAAAGCAUCUCUGACACAGCACGGGUACUGUCAACCAUGACAGAUGCAAUCCUGGCCAGAGUAUAUAAACAUUGUGACCUAAUCACAUUGGCAGAAGAAGCCGUAAUUCCAGUGAUAAAUGGGUUGUCUGAUUUUGAUCAUCCUAUUCAGAUUUUAGCUGAUUAUCUUACACUUCAGGAACAUUAUAGGUCUUUGAAUGGAUUGACCCUCAGUUGGAUAGGUGAUGGAAACAAUGUUCUAAACUCUAUUCUAUUGAGUGCUGCUAAAUUUGGGAUGAAUCUUCAUGUUGCUACUCCAAAGGGUUUUGAGCCAGAUCCCACAGUAAUCAAAAUAGCUGAAGAAUAUUCUAUAAAGUAUGGCACCAAAUUGCUUCUGACAACUAACCCACUGGAAGCUGCUAAGGGGGCCAGUGUUUUGAUAACAGACACAUGGAUAAGUAUGGGGCAAGAAGAAGAGAAACAAAAGAGACUAAAGGCUUUCCAAGGUUAUCAAAUAACAAUGCAGACUGCGCAAGAGGCUGCUUCUGAUUGGACUUUCUUACACUGCUUACCCAGAAAGCCAGAAGAAGUUAACGAUGAAGUAUUUUAUUCUCCAAAGUCACUGGUUUUUCAAGAAGCUGAAAACAGGAAAUGGACUAUUAUGGCUGUCAUGGUUUCCCUGCUGACAGAUUAUUCACCACAGCUUCAAAUGCCUACAUUUUGAUUUUGAGGUUUCUUUCACAGAAAAUAUUAUUUACAGCAAAUAAUUUGCUUUAUAAAGGAACUUUUUCUUUGAAAAGCAAGAUCAAAUCAGU